AUGGUUAAGUUCAAGGAGUUCAUCGCUAGUCUUGGACUUGACUAUAAAGGGACCGAGACGAUUCGAAGGGCACAACUCGUCGGAAACUAUUGCCGUUUCCCUUAUGAUCUCAUGAUGACACUGAUUUUGAAAAUGCAAAAUCCAUUGAUUGUGGAGUAUAAGGACUCCUGGGUGGAGAAGAGCAGGAAGAAGGAUCAGAAGACCACCAAGAAGAGAUUCUUUGGAGAAGUUUUUCAUGGCAUUUGGAAUGGAACAAAAGUUGUAGGAGAAGUUUUUCAUGGCAUUUGGAAUGGAACAAAAGUUGUAAUCAAAGUUUUCUUGUUGCAAGAUUUGACUGUUGAAAACAUGGAGGAUUUCUGCAGUGAAAUUUCCAUCCUAAGCGAAUGUCUUUUCCCAUUUCUCGGUGUUUGCACAAAGCUGCCAUAUCUGUCCAUGGUUACUGAGUACAUGGAGAUGGGAUCACUUUACUAUUUGAUUCAUUUAAGUGGUGAAAAGAAGCUGCUCAGCUGGCGGAGGAGACUUAGGAUGCUAUGUGAUAUAUGCAGUCAUACUUCACUUCUUGAGAAGGAUGAGGUUGAUCCAAAGCAAAUUGGUAGACUGGAAGUUGGAAGCGAAACCUUUAUAGACAAAAGCAAAUCAAUCAAGACAUUCCUGAUACAAAUAUUUGAGGCUGAAGGUUGUAUGAGCUAUUCAGAGGAAAGCAAAAAUGAAGAUAUUAGCUUUUCAAUCAAUACAUACGCUCUCCAAGCUCCUUAG